CGGUAAUAAAACGAAUCUUAACCUUGUACCUCAUUUCCGGCGAUACCUCUCUAUACUUGCCUUGAUGGGACCGUCUACAGCCCUUGUUGUUUACCUGCAACAAUAAACUAUCAAUCAAUCAAUCAAUCAGGACUACAUAACAUCAUCAUCAGCAGCAGCGCCGUGUCGAGUCUCCCCGCCACCCAAACAAACACGCUCAAGUUCAAGCUCAACACGGGGAGGACCGGCGUGGGAAAUCAAUGAUUGUAUGGCCUGUCCAGUCCUCUAAAACACCGGGAUGGGAGGGUUGUCGCCGCUGGUGCUGGAGCAGGUCGCCGUGGUGGCAUGUCUGCUGGCCUACCUCACGGGCCUGGUGACGGUGCGCCCUCGUCCUGCCCUGCAGCCCCAAGAUGUCCUGGCCAGGUACCCCAAUGACUCUGUGGCAGCAGUGGAGAAAACAGUGCUGGUUGUAAUAGAUGCAUUGCGCACUGACCAACUGGUAACAGCCACUGCACCCCUCAUGCCCUACUUGCAGGGGAUGAUGGCCACUGGUGCUGGACUGGGUUACAUCUUCCACACAGCUGCACCAACUGUCACACUACCCAGGAUUAAGUCUAUGGUAACAGGCAGCAUUCCAGGCUUUAUGGAUGUGAUUGAGAACUUUGGAGCUGGAGAGCUCGCAGAUGACAACCUUAUUCAGCGUUGGGUAGCACAAGGGCGACGGAUUCACUUCUACGGGGAUGACACUUGGCUCAAACUGUUUCCAAGACAGUUUUCAAGGCAUCAGGGUGUCACAUCCUUUUUUGUCAGUGAUUAUACAGAGGUGGACUACAAUGUCACAUACCAUUCCUCCAAAGUGCUCCAAUCUGAUGAAUGGGAUGUAUUGAUUCUUCACUAUCUUGGCCUAGACCACAUUGGCCACCUGGAGGGUCCCAUGAGUCCUUUGAUGGGCCCCAAGUUGCGUGAGAUGGAUUCUGUUGUUAAGAAAAUUCAUGGUGCCCUUGAAGCCAAGGGUUUGAAGUACAUGAUGGUGGUUUGUGGUGACCAUGGUAUGAGUGAUGCGGGUGGGCAUGGUGGCUCCUCCCACUCUGAAGUCACAACAUCAGCACUGUUUCUCUCCAAUACUUUUACUGAGAAAAAGCCUCAGAGAGUGCAGGGAGCCAGACAGGUGGACCUAGCACCAACCCUCGGCCUUCUUACUGGUAUUGGGGUGCCUGAGGGCAACGUGGGUCGACCACUCCCUGAGGUGCUGCAGCACAUACCACCAGAAAGGAGGAUGACCCUGCAGCGCCAGGCAGCACGACAGCUGCUAGCUAUCGCUAAAGGGUCUGGUCUCCAUCUUAGUCAUGGCAAUACAGAACUGCUUUUUGAGGAAACUUCACGAUUACAUGAACAGCUUUUGCAAGACCUGCAUCAAAACCCUGGAGGCAGCAAGGCAGAAGUCGAACGUGUUUGCAAGUUUUACAGAGAAUGCCAACAGCAAAUAUCUGAGGCCCUUGUUGCCCGCCAUCAGAGCUAUGAUCUUCCCAUCAUCUACCUUGCCAACAUUGGCCUCCUCAUGAUAUUCAUAUUGUGCAUAUGGCGGCAGUUUAAAGGAAUCCCCCUGGCCCCAAGGAGACAGAUUGUUGGCACCACAGUGGGCUGGUGUGCUGGCUUUACUUUCCUGGGCUGGCUCCUCUUGUGUGCUGCUGCCUCAGGGUCAAAGAUGUGCCACUUACUGCAGCCCAGUGCUUGGCUGUUGUCUGUAGUCUUCAUUUAUGUCACAGUGACAUUGACUUCUAUCUCUAUUCCUACUGUCACAAGAAUACCACAGAAGCCAUAUGAAAAAACAGGCUCCAGAGAUGUGGUGCACUACUUCUUGCUCUUAGGGACUGGCCUCCACUCCCUCAGCCUCUUGGGGACAAGUUUGGUUGAGGAGGAGCAUCAGACGGUGUACUUCCUUACCACCACUCUUCAUGUGUGCCUCAUUUUCAAGAUUAUCAUUCAAAACCUUCGAGGCUCACAUUCUUGUCAAGUCCAUUACAGUAGCAGAAAGGAGGAGGAGGAGGAGGAUAAAAAUUAUAUGCACUUACCAAUGCAAGUGAAACAAGAGAAAGGUGAACUAAGUUUGCUUGAAAAAGCUUAUUUACCUCAGAACAAGAUGCUGGUACUAUUGGCAUUGAGUCUGGUUCUAAGCAGGAUCCUUAGGGCAUGGAAUGGCACAGGAGAUAAAUGGCGACACUUGGAGGACCUGGGAGAUAUCCUGCGCACUGUGGGAGGGAAGAUCUUAGUCAUGGUGGUGGUGGUUGGACUAGUGAUCUCCUUCCUAUUAUUACUACAUACUGCAUGGCCCCUUGUGUUCAUCACAUGCGUUGCAAUAUUUAGCCGACAUUACUUAUUAUAUGAUGGUGGCACUUUUGAAGCCCAGGUAGCAUACCUGGCCAUAUUUUUACUUUAUGUAUAUGGCCUUUUUAAAGCCAAACUGAUUGACUUCAAGCCACAUAGUAAGCUUUCAAAAAUAUCAGAUGCUUAUGAUUUGGAAGAUGAUAAGAUAAGUAUUCUGCUUCAGUACAGCUAUACAGCUUUGUCUUUGCUGUGUCUGCUGCUGCAGAGAGUGGACAAUAUAGGUAUGCUGUCCUUGAUUUUGCUUCAAAAUUGGGUCCUCAGUCAUGUGCUGUAUAGACUGGUCUUGGCCCGAUACUUGUCUUGGGAGGGAGCUGCACUAGCUAUCAACUGGCUGGCUUUCUCACACUACUUCAAUGAGGGCAACAGCAACAGCCUUACCACAGUUGAUGUUAGUGCUGGGUUUGUGGGUGUGAGUUCCUUCCAUCCCCUGCUGCAUGGUGUCCUCAUCGCCACUCAGACCUUUGGCAGCACCUUCCUCACUUACCUAGCCUUCCUGGUGCACCUUGUUUCCAAGGAUGGUUCCAAGGAGAGGUGGCAGAAGCAGUUGUAUGUGUGGUGGUGCAUUCGUCUUGUGACAGUAACGCUCUACAUGCUGAAUGUGACGUGGCAGCGGCAUCACCUCUUCAUCUGGUCUGUAUUCACCCCCAAGCUGCUCUACGAGGGAGCCCAUGUGUUAGUGCUGUGUGCUCUCACAUUGUACAUGUGGGGCAUAGAGAAGGUGUGCACACUGCUAGAGGUCACUUACAGGUUUGAGUAAUUUUGGUUGAUUUAUUUAUUAACUUGUUUAUUGACUGAUAUAUUGAAGGAGUGAUUUUAAGUGUAUUUUGAUGUCAAGUCAUUAUGUAAUUAUGGUGCUGACUUGCGUAUUUUACAAAAUUAUAAUAAUAAUAAUAUAUUACAUAUUUCUAUAUUUCUGAGGGAAGAGAAGGGACAUGCAAUGGAAAUGAUGUAUGCAAUAAAACUGUAGAAAAGCAGGAUGAGACAGAAUGAACCAGGGAUACACCCAUUUGUGAUACAUUGUUUUAUCUCAGACUUUUGAUGCCUUUUGGAAAUAGAGAAUGAGUGUUUGUGUUGUCAUCAUAAUCACUGUCAGUACCCAGAGUGACAGGAUGAAUGGUCUGUAAAAUGGCAGCGAUGCCCAUUUUACUUAACAGUCUUUCCUUAACAUAAUUAUUUAUUUAAUUUUUAAGUCAUAAACUAGAAUUAUUUUUUUAGUUUAAAGUCAUAGCCUCCCACACUGCCUGGUACAGAGAAUCCCCUACAUAUAAACAUUCAUUUUGUUAACUUCUGAUGAUACGAACAAUUUACUCAGAAGUCAAAAUUUAGGGCCAUAAGGUUUAGUUCGCCGUCCACUGUGUGGUGGCGGCAAUGUAGCAAGGGAAGCUCUGAGGUAAACAACAGUAUGUUACUCUAAUGGCAUUGUUCAUAUGUGUGCUUGUGCUCUCCACAAAUUCAUCAUUAUUUGUGAUUAUUAUACCCCCAAUAUAUCUGGUGUUAACCCCUUCACUCCGGCGACGCCAACAUCGGCGUCUGUCGGGCGUCCGGCGGUGUCACCAUAUGGAAAGGGUUAGUCCUCUUCUAAACCUCUUAAUCCUCUUCCAUUUCCUCUUAAUCCU